CUUCUAUAUUUCGAUACCAAUCAUACGACGUUGUUGGUAGUUGUGGCUGCACUUUUCUCAAACUUCAUCAUUCAUCACUCAUCAUAUCAUACUCGGUGCCGUGUUCUGGUCUUGUGAAAGGGAAGACUGCCGUUACCUUGCCAUAUCUGUCUGCAUUGUGACAACUCUUCUUGGGGUCUCUUCAUUUCCUAGCAGCACAAUGGUAGCGAAAGGUGCAAAAUCUGUACCCGAAAGUCUUCCGACUGAGCUCAAACAUCCAUACUAUCCAUGGGACUUGAAACUGCCCCAUUAUGUACCGAACGAAUUGGAAACAACAACAAUUUUGGCUGUUUUGGGUGGUUGUUCAGCUCUUGUAGUACUUUUUGCUUGGGUGGUGUCUGGUAAUCGCAAAGAACCAUUUUGUUUCUUGAGAAGGCUCACACUGUGUUGGUUUCUGCUGUGUGCUUUCAUUCACACUGUACUUGAAGGCUACUUUGCAGUGUACCAUGCAACCUUAGCAGGGCACAAAACAGUCCUUGGAGAAACAUGGAAAGAGUACAGCAUGAGUGAUAGCCGAUACCUGAGCUCGGACACGUUCACGGUGUGCAUGGAGAGCAUCACGGCGGUCAUCGACGGCCCGCUGGCCUUUGUCACCUUCUGGGCCUUCAUGUCGGGCAGCAACUACCGCUACGCCCUGCAGAUGAUCCUGUCCCUGUGCCAGCUGUACGGAGACGUCCUCUACUUCCUCACCGAGAUCAAGGAGGGUUUCGUCCACGGGCCCUUCGGCCACCCGCUCUACUUCUGCUUCUACUUCGUGUUCCUGAACUCGCUGUGGAUCGUGAUCCCGUCGUGCCUGAUAGUGGACUCGGCGCGGCACAUCGCGUCCUGCCAGACCGUGUCCGACUUCUACAUCGACGAGUACAACAAGAAGCAGGGCAUCACCAACAACCACUCCAAGAAGAAUAAGUGAAGGCGAUCGUAAACCUUUUUCUUUCUUUUUUUUUUCCAGCUGUUUGUUGAGUUACUUUUGUGGUGAAGUGGAAGAAUGUAUGCAUUUUUUUUUGUAAAGGAACGAGGAAGGAGAGAAAUGCAAGAUAGGAAAAGCUUUUUUUUGGUUCAACCUUAUAGACUUUUUUUUUUAGCUGUUUGAGUCAUUUUUGUAGGGAAAUGGAAGAAUGCAUAGAUCUAUUUUUUUUAAAGAACGAUGAUGGAGUGAAAUGCGAGAUCAAAAGGGCUUUUCUUGGAUUCAACCUUUCAGACUUCGAAACAUAAGUUAAAAGUUAUAUAACAAAAUAAGGAGUGUGUCAGUAUAUGGCUGAUUGUGUAUUUGUCUAUCUAGAUCAGACACUUGUUUUGUUUUAAAUCAUGUUAUUCACUGCGGGAAUUACAAUUGGUGACACUGCAAUUUAUAAAAGAACACUCUACUCAAAAUUUUGAGGACUUCUUGAAGAAAAUAGGAAAAACAUUUUUUUUCCUACCAAAAUAGUAUUUCACCUAAUUUGGGGGGAAUAUACAGUGAGAGUUACUACUCACCUACGAAUAGGAAGGUAUGACUAGCUCUCUCAAUGUUAAAAAUCUGCCUUAAUGCCUGUGAGUUUUUUAAAUUUUGUUUUAAUGCCCUAGGUUAUAAUUUCCUUUUUGAAGACUUCAUCUUUCCCUAAUCUAGCAUUGGACUAAUAGAAUUUCAAAAUGCAGGAAAAAGUUUAUUGCAGCAGGGAGGAUGAUAUUGUCUGUCUGUAAUUAAAUUUGCUCCUGUAGUUUGAAAAGAUGACAUAAUGUAGUUUUGCUGUUGUCAGUUAUGUAUUGCAAUCAAGGAUGGUAUGGUGAAAGUGAGUUUGAACCUUUUGGGUUCGUUCCUGAUCUUAUCACAAGAUGUUAUUUUUUCCCUUGCAGAACUGAGUUGGCAGCCGUUCUAAUUAUUUUAAUUAAACAAGACUUUUACAGGACAGGAUGAAUGGAAUUUUUGUUGGGGUUUUUUUGGGGUUUUUUUGGCAACGAUUAUCUUUUUAAUUCAAUUUCAUUGUCUUUAGAAUCUGAGGUUUAUGAUCUUUCUUUUUUUUACUAAGCGGGGACUAAAGAAAGAAAUGCGGGUACGAAGGGCUCAAUAACUUGUGUCAUGACAUGGUGGAUUCGGGCACUCGUCAAUUUUUCAGAAUAUGGGGUUAUCGGUAUAGUCUUAAAAAGCUUAUUCGUCUUUAUUUUGGUGGGAAAAAAACCCCCAUCUGUCUUGAAUUGGAAGUCCAGAUUUUUGUGAGUGAAGUUGGUGGGGUUAGCCUGGUGUCAGAGGUAGAGUUAGCAAGGACAUGGCUGCCAACGUUUUGUGACUUGGAAAGCUUGAGUGUCCUUAAGAAGUGCAAAUUUACCUUUUUUGUGUCUUUUUUCAGUAUCAUGUAUGAAAUGUUUAUCAGUCAAAAUCCACACCGAAAUAAAUUGACUGAAAAGUCU